AUGUCGGACGACGAGGAGCGCGACUAUUCCCAUCUUCAGUCUGAAAGAAAUCGGAAACAGAAAAAGGCCGGAGGAUGGCAGGCUAUGGGCUUAGACCAUACGGUUUUCAAAGGGAUAGAGAAGAAAGGAUUUAAGCAGCCAACUCCUAUUCAGCGAAAGACCAUUCCUUGUAUUCUUGAUGGCAAAGAUGUCGUGGCCAUGUCUCGUACAGGUGCGAUGCUUUUCACCUUUUGCAGUGUUUGA